AGAAACCAUAUUUGUAUGGGUGCAAAAACUGCAGACGACUGACCGAUGAACCAAGCUCACUUGUAAUGAUAAACCAUUCAAUUCUGUUUCGAAACAUUCCUAAACGACUACUUUUUUCGAGAAUGGCUAGUUCAGGAAGGCUUAGUGGAAAAGUUGCUAUAGUUACGGCAUCUACCGAAGGAAUUGGCUUUGCAAUUGCUCGACAGUUAGGACAAGAGGGAGCACAUGUAGUUGUAAGUUCGCGCUCGGAAGCUAAAGUGGACAAGGCUGUCAAUAGUCUUAAACAAGAAGGAAUAUUAGUUAAUGGUCUGGUUUGCCAUGUUGGAAAGGAGGAUCAUAGAUUAAAGUUAAUAGAAGAGGCUGCUAAAAUCAAAGGUAGCAUUGAUAUCCUAGUUUCAAAUGCUGCAGUUAACCCAGUUUUUGGCCCCAUGUUAAAUACAGACGAUAAGGCUUGGAGUAAAAUAAUGGACUUGAAUGUAAAAGCGUCUUUCUUCUUAUGUAAGGAAACCGUACCUUAUAUGGAAAAGGCAGGAGGUGGUUCUGUGAUGUUUGUCACAUCUAUUGCUGGUUAUCAGCCUUUUUCGCUGUUGGGAGCGUAUAGUGUUAGUAAAACAGCACUUAUAGGUUUAGUUAAGGCGCUAACCCCUGAAUUAGCUUCAAGAAAUAUAAGAGUUAAUGGCAUUGCUCCUGGAAUCAUUAAAACAAAUUUUAGUCAAGCUUUGACAAGUGAUCCCGAAGCAGAAGCAAAAGUAUUGGAAAGUGUUCCGAUGCAAAGGGUGGGAAAACCAGAAGAUAUAGCUGGAACUGCAGCAUUUUUGGCAUCCGAUGAUUCAAAAUAUUUAACGGGAGAAACCAUUUGUAUAACUGGUGGUAUGGCAUCAAGGUUAUAA